CAGGUACAGUGGCCGAUGCCGCAGACAGUGUAUGACUUGACACCCAGCGGCUGGUUAACAGCAGGGACAAUAUUAAAUGUGUAUAUGCUAUCCACCUCCUUAAAAGGUCGAUGCGGGCUCGCGUCUGCUUGUUCGGUACAUCCAUCCAUCAUAUGACAGCUUCCACUUCCAAACAACUUCCUCACACCUUUAUCACAAGUCAAAUACUCUAGUCAGCCCUUGCGUAGAGUCUAGAUGGCCUGCAACAGACGUCCUCCGACUUCUUCUCCUGGAUAGCAUCUGUCACCGCGAUUUAAAACGCGAUGGGAGGCAGCAAAACAAAUCAUCUACCCGAGCAUCGGACGCCGGAGCACCAUCCAGAAACCACCAACAUUCCUUCAUACUACCAGGAUGUGACCCAGAUGGAUCGCGAUGCGGAAAUGGAGGGUGAAAGCGAGGACGUCGGCGACUCAGAGUUGACCGAGACCAUCCUUCCACCGCCCGCUCGCAGGGAAGACAUCCGCUAUCCCUCAUGGGAAGACACAAUCCACCGGCCCAGCAGGCAUGAGCUACAUGAAGGGGAUGGAGAAAAUAUGGAGUUGACUGAGAUGAAUGUACCACCUCCCGCACGGCCGCAAGGACGCCGGGACUCGCUUGAGGCUGCCAUGCAGAGGGUUAGCUCGUCGAGAAGUCGGAGGAAGAGUCGCGAGGCAGCUCUUGGAGAAAUUGCUGUGCCCGAGCCGGCAGAGAAGCCGUCCGACGAAGAGACCGCAGUCGAAUCGCCCUCCCAGCGCAAGAGUUUGGAAGACCAAGAGAAAGUCGCGGCAGAAAGGGAACACAUGCCCUCGCCUUUCUUCCUGGAGUUGGUCACCGUGUCGGCUCUGAUAUUCUUCUCGCUACUAGGCACACUGGCACGAUUGGGCGUUGACGCCGUCACAUUGUAUCCGAACACACCAGUCUCGUCUAGGAUCCUCUGGGCCAAUUUGGGAGGCUCCUUUUUCAUGGGGUUUCUGGCCGAGGACCGACGUCUUUUCCGGCAAGAAUGGGGAUCACCGAAUCCGAAAGCACCAGCGUCAACCCAUGGCAAGGUCAAGAAAACUAUUCCGCUCUACAUUGGUCUCGCUACGGGGUUUUGUGGAAGCUUUACGUCCUUUUCCUCAUUCAUUCGCGAUUGUUUUCUCGCAUUGACAAAUGACCUGCAAGGACCUUCGCCAACAUCACCUUACCAUGUUGAAAACAACGUACCUUCGAGAAAUGGUGGUUUCUCCUUUCUUGCCCUGAUGGCAAUACUGAUUCUCCAUCCCGCCGUAUCGCUGGCUGGUCUCAAUGCAGGGGCCCAGCUGGCACUGCUUCUACAACCUGUGACGCCUACAAUUCCGAUCAGGAUCACACGUUCUUUCUUCGAUCCGUUGAUGGUCCUGCUGGGCUUUGGCUGCUGGCUCGGCGCAGUAUUUUUGGCUAUCUGGCCCGCCGGCAACGAUGAGCACUGGCGAUUUCGCGCGGUCUUUCCGUUGGUAUUCGCACCUCCAGGUUGCCUUCUCCGGUUUUACGCGUCAAAGCACUUGAAUGCUAUUGUUCCCUCAUUUCCUCUAGGUACGUUUGUGGUCAACAUGUUCGGAACAGCAAUUUUGGGCAUGGCCUUCGAUUUACAGCAUGCGAGCGGCGUCGGGGCAUCUAGUCCCACUGCUUGUGCUGUCCUGCAGGGUAUCAUGGAAGGCUUUUGCGGAUGUCUAACGACCGUGAGUACCUGGGCGGCUGAGAUAAAUGGACUGCGCAGAAGACAUGGAUGGAUCUAUGGCUUGACGAGCGCGUGGAUAGGUGUGGGGUUGAUGGUAAUGAUAAUGGGCAGUAUGGGGUGGACUGUUGGAUUUAAGACGCCGGUCUGUAGUUGAUAUUGAUCAUGUGUAGUGUUUGUACUCGUAAUACUCCGCACUCGAAGCCGAUAUAAACACCUUGCAGCAUCAAGUAACUUAUGUACUAUGGUAGUCCCUCG